AUGCACCAAGGAAACGAAACCAUCAUUUCUAAAUUCAUCCUAUUAGGACUCUCCAACCAGGCUGAGCAGCAGAAACUCUUCUUUGUGCUUUUCCUGGGUAUGUACCUUGUCACUGUGGUUGGGAAUGGGCUCAUCAUUCUAGCCAUUGGCUUGGAUACUUACCUUCACACUCCCAUGUAUCUCUUCCUUGCCAACCUUUCCUUUGCCGAUAUUUCCUCCAUUUCCACCUCAAUCCCCAAAAUGCUGAUAAAUAUUCAGACCAACAGUCAAUCCAUCUCCUAUGAGAGCUGCAUCGCACAGAUGUAUUUUUCUAUUGUGUUUGUUGUCAUCGACAAUUUCCUCUUGGGGGUCAUGGCCUAUGAUCGCUUUGUGGCUAUCUGCCACCCUCUGAACUAUGCGUCCAUCAUGCAGCCCAGGCUCUGCAUCCUGCUCACAGUGAUCCCAUGGGUCUUCAGUAAUAUGGUGGCUCUGACACACACCCUUCUGCUCAUUCGAUUGCUCUUCUGUGACAGCAACACUCUCCCACACUUCUUCUGCGACCUGGCUCCUCUGCUCAAACUAUCCUGCUCAGACACCAUGAUCAAUGAGCUCGUAUUAUUUAUUUUGGGCUUAUUGGUAAUCACAUUUCCCUUCUCCCUCACCCCCUUCUCCUAUGUCUGCAUCGUCAAAGCUGUCCUGAGAAUCUCAUCCACAGAGGGAAAGUGGAAAGCUUUCUCCACCUGUGGCUCACACCUGACGGUUGUGCUGCUCUUCUACGGGACCAUUGUAGGGGUUUACUUCUUCCCCUCAUCCACUCACACUGACCACAGAGAUAAGAUUGGUGCAGUACUAUUCACCGUGGUGACACCCAUGAUGAACCCCUUCAUCUAUACCCUGAGGAACAAGGACAUGAAAGGUGCCCUGAGAAAGCUCAUCAAUAGGAAAUGUUCUUUUCUUUGA